UUGCUCAGGACCCCCAAUAUCGACCGGCUGGCGGAGGAGGGUGUGAGACUCACCCAGCACCUGGCGGCCGCCCCGCUCUGCACCCCGAGCAGAGCUGCCUUUCUCACCGGGAGAUACGCCCUCCGAUCAGGAAUGGACAACGAUAAGUACCGGGUCCUCUACUGGAACGCCGGCUCCGGCGGGCUUCCUGCCAACGAAACCACUUUUGCAAAAAUCCUAAAGCAGCAAGGCUAUGCCACCGGCCUCGUAGGAAAGUGGCACCAGGGAGUGAGCUGCGCAUCCCGCGGGGACCACUGCCACCACCCGCUGAACCACGGCUUCGACUACUUCUACGGCCUGCCCUUCACCCUGAUCAACGACUGCGACCCCGACAGGCCCCCCGACCUGUGGGUCAGCGUGGCUGCCCGGUUCAGCCGCUACACCCGCGUCCUGGCUCUGGGCGUCCUGACGCUCGCCGCCGCCAAGCUCAGCGGCCUCCUCUCGGUUCCCUGGACGGUAGUCGGGGGCGCGGCCGGCCUCGUCUUCCUCUUCUUCGUCACGUGGUUCUCCAGCUGUGGGUUCGUGCGUCGCUGGAACUGCGUGCUCAUGCGGAACCACCAGGUCACCGAGCAGCCCAUGGAUGUGGGGAGCACCACCCGACGGAUGCUGCAGGAAGCCACGGCCUACAUCCAAAGAAACAAGGACAGGCCCUUUCUCCUCUUUGUGUCCCUGAUGCACGUCCACACUCCUCUGGUGACCUCGAAAGCCUUCCUCGGGAGAAGCCGCCACGGUUUAUACGGAGACAACGUGGAGGAGAUGGACUGGUUUGUAGGUAAAGUCCUCCAUGCCCUUGACGAGAACGGUCUGAAGAACUCCACGCUCACCUAUUUUGCCUCUGAUCAUGGAGGGUUACUGGAGGCCACAGAAGAACACGAGCAGCUGGGGGGGUACAACGGGAUCUAUAAAGGUGGCAAAGGCAUGGGUGGCUGGGAAGGGGGCAUCCGAGUCCCUGGGAUCUUCCGGUGGCCUGGUGUGCUGCCCGCUGGCCGUGUGAUCCAGGAGCCCACCAGCCUGAUGGACGUGUUCCCCACCGUGGUCCAGCUGGGGGGCGGCCAGGUGCCCCAGGACAGGGUGAUUGACGGCCGCAGCCUGGUACCGCUGCUGCGAGGAGAUGUGGAGCACUCUGAGCACGAGUUCCUCUUCCACUACUGUGGACAGUUCCUGCACGCGGCCCGCUGGCACCACAGGGAGAGUGGGAGGCUCUGGAAGGUCCACUACACGACACCGAGGUUCCAGCCCGCGGGCUCGGGCGCCUGCGGGGACCAGCAUCUGUGCCCCUGCUCCGGGGACGGCGUCACCCAGCACAGCCCGCCCCUGCUCUUCGACCUCUCCAGCGACCCUUCCGAGGCCCGGCCACUGUCCCCCGACUCGGAGCCGCUGUUCCACGCCGUGGUCCAGCGCGUGGGCGAGGCCGUGGCGCGGCACCGGGGGACCCUGCGCCCUGUCCCGCAGCAGCUGACCGUGGGCAACGUCCUGUGGAAGCCCUGGCUGCAGCCCUGCUGCGGCACCUUCCCCUUCUGCUCCUGCAGCAGCGACGACGGGGACAGCUCCUCCCAAGAGCCAGCGCCAUGAGAAGGUGUCCCAGGGCCACCAGGGGACAGCGUCUCCAAGGAGACCCCUCCCCCGUUCCCCCCUUGAGGGCCCUGCGGCAGCCGGGAGUGGGUCACUGAGCCAUCUUGCUCUGAGAGGAUUCCAGGGACCACCCCUCUCCUGACCCUGGGGUCUCACAGGGGCUGACUUCCUGUCCCCUCAGCUGCCAAUCACCACAGAGCUGCAUUGGGAACACCCAGCCUGACCACAGGCCAGGCAAACGGGUCUGCACCCAGUCCACUUUGGUUGGCCGAGUAAAGAUCCUGUUCUGUGCUUAGGAAUCAGUGAUCGCUGAGGAUUGACCCUCGUGGCCACCUCUUGGGGUCACUGUCUUGGUACCCUUGCUGUGUGACUUAGAAAUUGCCUCCAGGCUAUCCACAAAAGUCCCAGAGAAUAAGAAAACUUUCAACAAGAUUGCAGGAUAAUGUCUCCCAGGAAAUGGGAGGCCCAGAGGGACACAAGUUCAUCCCAACUUCCUGCUGUACUGCCCUAACUAUGGGAGAGUGGGCCCCAUGGUGUCAGGAGGGUUGCUGCAGCUCUGGCCCUCCCAUACCCAAUCCAGGCAAUAGGAUAGAGCCAGAACUAAGAGGCCUCCUCUCCUCUGAGUCUGUCCCUGUGAAGGAUAAUUAUCACAGAACCCACAACUUUUGGCUUUCAGCUCUCUGUAGAGAGAACCGGAAAUUGAGAAAUACCUGGCUCUCGUGAAGCGAGAGUAAGUCUUUGCAGCAUAUAAAUGAGAACAGCUUCCUUGAGUGGGCCGAGGUUUUUGAUGUAUCACUAAAACUGCCAGAAGAAACACCCUUUAUCUCAUCCUGCUGGGAAGCACACGCAAAUACCAGUACCUGUUAUUAGCAAACGAUCGUCAAAAGAGCAGAAGGCCUCUGGAUGUAUGGUUUCCACCUUGGACAAAGCCCUAGAGCCUUCAGAUAGAUCAAAGAAAGGCACCUUGCAUGCUUCAAUUAUUUAAAGUCGCGGUGGCACACACCUGUAAUCCCACUGGCUCUGGAGGCUGCGGCAGGAGGAUCACCAGUUGGAGGCCA